CUGGCCUUCCGCUUCUCCUGUCCCGAUCUCUCUCUCGCUCGCUCGCUCGUUCGAGGCUCGGCCAUGGCGGACUACCACUUCGUGUACAAGGACGUGGAGGGGGCGACCACGCAGUGGGACGACAUCCAGCGCAAACUCGGAAACCUGCCCGAGAAGCCGGAGCCCUUCAAGCCGCCGCCCUUCGCCCCCAGGGUCGACGCGGACGAGCAGCCCAAGUCCAAGGAGUGGCUCGACGCGCGCGACCCCGACGAGCUCGAGGAGCUCGAGGACGACCUCGACGAUGACCGCUUCCUGGAGCAGUACAGGAGGAUGAGGCUUGCAGAGCUCAAGGAGGCAGCAAAAACUGCCAGAUUCGGCGCAGUACAGCCCAUCACAGGCUCUGAUUUUGUGCGUGAGGUUUCGCAGGCUCCACCGGAUGUCUGGGUUGUGGUCUUCCUCUACAAGGAUGCGAUACCAGAAUGUGGGCUGCUUGAGACUUGCCUGGAGGAACUGGCGCCGAAAUAUGCAGAAACCAAGUUUGUUAAAAUUAUUUCCACGGACUGUAUUCCCAACUACCCAGAUAGAAAUGUUCCUACAAUACUGGUGUACAACAACAGUGCUGUCAAAGGGACUUAUGUUGGUCUACAGAAGUUUGGUGGAAAGAAAUGCACACCUGAAUCUGUUGCAUUGGCGCUUUGCCAUUCAGACCCAGUACUGAAUGAUGGACAAGGUGGUGGCGAUUCAUCCCGUAACAAUGUCAUGGAAGGCGUUCGCAGGAAGUUCAUAGAAAAGGUUGUCUCCCAGCUUGAAACGCAAGAAGACGAAGAUGAUAGCGACUAAAACUUACUCUUUUCUGCUAGUUUUAUUUUAGCUCGGUGAUAUAUCAUUUUGAUCCACGGACAACAUUUGUCUCGGCUUUACUAGUCUUAUUUGGUUGUCUGUGUGUGGAAAAUCUGGAAGCUGUUUUAAUGAGGUUCUAUAUAAACUUUGUCUCGGUAACUUGCUGCGAUUCACGUGGCCGGUGGUAAUGUAUCUUGGUGUUCUGGUUCUGAGAGAUGAUUAUGGAAUAUGAAACGGAGAAAUUCGUCAGUGGA